UACUCGGGUUAGACAGAAAGGGAGAACAGUUCAACAUUGCAAACAAGUAACGGGGAAAGAGGAGAGCGGAUGAAGAGCAAACAACUGGAACAAAUAGAAUGAAUGAUCAUCAUGGCUGUUUUUCACCUUCAGCCUGCGUUGAUAAAGAACUCUAUUGAAACCUGUCAUAUCCUUAUUGGAUGAUUUGCAUAAAAAGUAUUUAAAACAAUGAUGCAACAGUCAAUUUCUUUGCUUCGACAUCACACAAAGGGGAAGUUCCAGUGUUAUAGAAUCUGAGAGCCUGAUCCAACUGAGAAAGCAAAGUUACUUUGUGGUUCUAUUCCGUGGCACAAAUCCUUCAAUACUUCUCUUUGUUUUUGUUACAAAUACCUAAAAUGAAAACUGCUAGGUGAUAAAAAAGCAAAUGGCUUAUUUUUGAUCAAGCAAUCACUGGAUUUGAACAAUGAAUGACACAAAGAUUCAUUCUAAAUUCAACCGGUACCACACCUUGUCCGCUUAAUUUAGGUAUUUAAAGAAUGGUUUCUUGCUUUCCUGUAAGCUGUUCCGAUGUUCAUUGUUGUCUUUGAAAUAAAAAAUGAAAGGAGCCAUAUUUCCCUUGGUGGUCUAUAAAUCUUUGGUUUGGUUCCUCUAGACACCGCGCUGGCCUCAGAAAGUUGGAUUGUCUGCAGUGACGUUUCGAACAAAUUAUGACAGGGCAACCAAAGCAUCAAGUUCUUAUCCUUCAUAUUUAUAAAAAACACAUUUUAUUUGCAGCUGUUGCAGAUUUUUGAUAAUAAAUUACCUUCCCCAAGUAAAUAUGUGGACAAUAUUCGAGACCAAUGGUUAAAAUUUUACGUUAUAUUGACGUGUGAAAAGAGAGGUCAAUGAAUAGGAGAAUGGAUCUACUUUAAGCUUUUAAGCACAUGCACACAAUUGCAGGUAAAGAGGGAUACAAUUUGAAAACUUUUUCAUCUUUUCAAAUAAAUUCAUUUAGUUUUGUGGAUAUCAGUGAGACUUUUUGAAAAUACCCCAGGGUAUGGUCAGCCCCUAUCUCAAAUUUUGAUUAACCCCUAUUGGCCAGCCCUAAAUUGUAGGAUUGAUACCAAACGAAAUGAAUGGAACAAUAAAGUGAUUUAUCAAAGCACUGUGAUCAGAGAUAAAAGCCCUGAUAAAGGAGAACGCUAAACGACAUUUUUGCAGAAAAGGCAAAAGGCUAGAUUAUCCGGUUAUUUGAAACCUAUGCGUCGUCCUGAUUGUUCCGAGCAAACGUUUAAUAAAACUGGUUUGUAUAUUUGAUUCGAUUCGUGUUAUGAGUCUCGCGUGGGCCAUCAUGCGUUCAAUAAUCGCAGCAAACGAAUGCGCAUUGCAAUAAUGCGGGUUCAUUGAGUAUAUCAACUAAUCGAUGUACAGUCACACGGCGGCAGCUAUAGACACUGAAAGCUUCAUCUAGCCACUUCGAUAUUCUUACAGUCUGAGUUAGGGCUGACACCACAUCGUAUAUACCGACGUACCAUUGGCUGGGCAAGGGAAUUUUCCGGAGAAACCGCUAGAGGCGCACAGUGGAUCAACUUGUAUGAGGAUAAAACCACAAGCAGAAUUUGUAGUUUUCUGUUAGCCAAGACAAACCUAGGAUGAGUUGCCCAACAAGUCUGGUCUUUCUAUUUGCGUGUUUUGGCAUCGGCUGGUCCAGUCUGGUGCAUGUCAAACGAAAACAGGCGCAUAUGAUAAACUCUAUUGAUUACUUAACAAAGAGGAUCGACAUCUUGGAUAAAAGGCUUGCCGAUCUGACACAUAGGUGCUCUGAGCUGACAAAGCUGAAAAGGGGACAUGCUGGACCCCAGGGCCUAAAGGGCGAGCAGGGAAGAGAUGGCCUUUCCGGUCAAGCAGGCAGAGAUGGUGCCCCAGGUCGCGAUGGACGAGACUGCCCUUGCCAAGGGCUUAGCGCAAGUCAACUUCUGGAAGAAAAGUACGGAUCCUCGUUUUCGCCCAGAAAUAAGAGAACUGCUGUUGUUACUGUACCAGUGAAGAAUGCGACCUUCAUCCGGUUUGGAAAAGCGACUUGUCCGAUUGCGGUUGGAAUAAUGUCUCUUACCGGAGGUCGCACUACCAUUGACUAUAGUAAAAUGAACCCACACUAUGAGUGCUCAUCUUUACACAAGGGACCAGUCAAACAGCAAGUUCCCGGGUUUCAGUUCUUCCCAGGCCUCCAAUUUUUAACGCCGAUGUACAGUGUAAAAUACAGAGUUAGGCAUCAUUCUCCAUUUAAAAACAAAGACGAACUGCAUGGAAAAGAGGUUCCUUGCAUCUCAUGUCUCGCUACGAAAGUAGAGGCGUCGUUAAUGCUUCAAGGAACGUCUCAAUGUCCGGAAGACUGGACACUAGCUUAUAGAGGUUACGUCAUGUCGGAAAAUUGGAAUCAUUUGAGAAGUGAAAACAUUUGCGUAGAUAUGGAAGCAGAGAAACUUAAUGCUCCGUCAUUCGACGGCAGACUGGCAACAUUAACGGCCCUAGAAGCUAGCUGCCACGGAAAGGCAUGCGGUACAGAUUUAGAUGAGAAAGCGAUCAAGUGUGUGGUAUGCUUAUUAAAACGAGACACGAAAAUCCCAACAAGCUAACUAAGUUGAUUUCAUUUUUAGGUAUUUCAAUGCAAACUACUGUAUGAAGCAACAGCAUUAAAAUUGCUGCGCCUAUGUAUCAAAUUGUUGCAAAACCGUCACAAAACUGAAAGUGAUAAAAGUGAAAAAAAUUCCAAUUAGUUUCCAGAUGACCACCAUUUUAAUGGAAGAUGUUUGUUAACUUUUAUUAGUGCUUGUUUAUAGAUAUCACUGUAAAACUUUAAGAGCCUUUCCUAAAGUGAACUUUGGUAUUCUGGUGGUACUUGAAUUUUACAUAACAAUAAAAAAUUGGGCAGCGAAUAGCAUUAGGUAUCAUGAUAUGCAGCCCACUGCAUACCUUUCCUAUGAACCACUCACAGAUCUGUUUUAAAGGUUUUAUAUACGACAGCCAAGAGCGUCGUAGCACAGCAGUCUGAGUAAAUAGAGAGAGUCAACCAUCCAUUCUCCCCUAUCCCUUUAUAAUUCAAAUGACGUAAUGACUCAUAGACAGUGCCAAUCGAUGCUUUUAAUAAUGUUAUUUAAUAAAUAUUUUUAUCAUUCUUUGCUGCUUACUUUGUGAAUUUCUACUGUAAUUGAUGUAGUGGCGUACUCCAAUCAUCUUAUUUUGACGCAGCAGUUUUAAAUUAAAUAUAUACGUUACUAGCAAUUUGUUGAAAAAUUGUAACUAUGAGUCUACUGUUUGGUAUUAUAGGAAAAAACAUGGCUGUAUUAAGAAAGGCAAGUUCUAAGCUCGGAGAACAUGCUGAGCGAACUACCUGUAGUUAUGAAAAAAGAGCUUGUGCCAUACUUUGCUUGCCAUGUAUCUAGAUGGCUAAAACGUCCCAUACUUCAACAUUAUAGUACAUUUCAAACGGUGUAUUCCCAAUCAUACGCAUCUCUCCAUUCAAAAUUACCCUAGAUUGAAACCCAGUUUAAAGCAUGAUUUUACCCUACGUACGUAUACACGACUGUUUUGGUUGUGGCCUCAAGGCCGCAACUUAUUUAUAAAACUAAGAAUUUAGCUGUUUACAUGCUUCGCUUAACAUUUUUAUAUCAAACUUUACUCUUGAGAUGGUAACCAGCUUUAUUGAUCUCUUUGACUUAGUUAGCUGCCAAAACUUUUUAUCAAUUAGGCCAAAUGUUUUCAAAAGUAAGAUGAGAUUUUGUUGAUAUAGCCUCCACGAUGCCUUGUUAUAUUGACAAAAAGCAUUGACAGAAUCCUUAAUCUAAAAUAAAGAAAGUUCUUGUGGUAAACCAGACAAAAUAUGAUGGGAAAAUCGGUCAUUGACGUAGAUAUUGGUACAGCUUGCUAAGUUUCCUUGAUACAGA